AUGACUGUCGAUGAAACAAUUAUAGGUGAAAUGUCCGUCGAUGAAACAAUUGUAGGUGAAAUGUCCGUCGAUGAUAGAAUUGUAGGUGAAAUGUCCGUCGAUGAUAGAAUUGUCGGGGAUAAUCCUCCUAAUAUUCUUGCCAAGCGUCGUAUAUUCGAAAAUGGUAUGCAUAAAAUACUGCAGGAUAAUAUUAAUAUCAUCCAUCAAUGUUUAUGGACCAACAAAAAAGCAGGGUUAGGAAGUGAGGAUUAUCAAAAGGCGACUGAAGCGGUAUUUAGAUAUGUUAAGGAAAGUCAACUCUCUAUAAAUGCACCCCUUGGGACCAGGUAUAAGAGUGCAUUUAUAGAGGGUGUACAAUUAUAG